GACGCAGGGUGGCGCUGCAGGCUAAGAUUGUGAAUAAAGAGCCCUAAAAAGCUCGCGCACUCCUUUGUUGCAAAAAGGAAUCAAAAAUACACGCGAGGAGCUUUGCCAGCCGUGCUGGGUUACCAGCGAGUUUGGACUGCGAUAUACUAAACGAAUUUAAGAUUAAAAGCAACUUUGUGAGGACUCUAACAAACAAGAAAUCAGAAUUUUGUAUCUCUGUGAGUGCUAGAAGGGAUUGGAUGUAAGCACCGGGUCUCCAAUAUGGAGACGCUAGAGAGAAUUCAACCAAACAGGCAAGUGAUGGUCUUUAUUUUGAUGGUGUUCUUGUCUCAGGCUCUUGCUCAGCCUAUUCGUUAUUCUGUGAUGGAAGAAACAGAGAGUGGCUUCUUUGUAGCCCAUCUGACCAAGGAUCUGGGCCUGGGAAUUGGGGAACUGGCCGCCCGGUCGGCCCGGGUGGUGUCUGAUGAUGACAAACAGCGCUUGCAGCUGGAUCGUCAGACUGGAGAUUUGCUUUUGAGGGAGAAACUAGACCGGGAAGAGCUAUGUGGCCCUAUUGAACCGUGUGUACUGCAUUUCCAAGUGUUCCUAGAAACGCCGGUUCAAUUUUUUGAAGGAGAAUUAUCAAUCCAGGACGUAAAUGACCACUCCCCAGUAUUCCCGACUGGGGAAAUGCUCUUGAAAAUACCGGAAAACAGCCAGCCAGGGACUCUGUUUCCGUUGAAAUUAGCUCAGGAUUUGGAUGUGGGCAGCAACGGUCUUCAAAAAUACACUAUCAGCCCCAAUUCUCAUUUUCAUGUUCUAACUCGAAAUCACAGUGAAGGUAAGAAAUACCCAGAUUUGGUGCAGGACAAACCGCUGGAUCGAGAAGAGCAGCCUGAGUUCAGCUUAACCCUCACGGCACUGGAUGGUGGGUCUCCACCUAAGUCUGGCACCAUCACAGUGCGAAUCCUGAUCAUGGACGUCAAUGACAAUGCUCCAGAGUUUGUGCACACCCCAUAUGAGGUGCAGGUCUUGGAAAACAACCCCCUAGACUCCCCAGUACUUAGUGUCUCAGCUAGAGAUGUAGAUGCUGGACACUUCGGGAGUGUUUCCUAUGGCUUGUUCCAAGCAUCAGAUGAAAUUAAACAAACUUUCUCAAUAAAUGAAGUCACAGGAGAAAUCCGACUGACAAAGAAACUGGAUUUUGAACAAAUUAAAUCUUACCACGUGGAAAUUGAGGCUAUAGACGGAGGAGGUCUUUCUGGAAAAGGCACUGUAUUCAUAGAUGUGGUGGAUGUGAACGACAACGCCCCUGAACUUACCAUAUCUUCACUCACCAGCUCCGUCCCAGAAAAUGCUCCUGAGACUGUAGUCUCUAUCUUCAGAAUUCGAGAUCGAGACUCUGGAGACAAUGGAAAGAUGAUUUGCUCUAUACCAGAUAAUCUGCCGUUCCUUCUGAAACCGACUUUCAAGAACUUUUACACCCUAGUAACAGAGAGACCGCUGGACAGAGAGAGCCAGGCCGAGUACAACAUCACCAUCACCGUCACUGACCUGGGGACGCCCAGGCUGAAAACCCAGCACCACCUAACGGUGACGGUGUCCGACGUCAACGACAACGCCCCGGCCUUCAGCCAAAGCGCCUACACCCUGCGGGUGCGCGAGAACAACAGCCCCGCCCUGCACAUCGGCAGCGUGAGCGCCACGGACAGAGACUCGGGCGCCAACGCGCAGGUCACCUACUCGCUGCUGCCGCCGCACGACCCGCAGCUGCCCCUGGCCUCGCUGGUGUCCAUCAACGCGGCCAACGGGCAGCUGUUCGCGCUCAGGUCCCUGGACUUCGAGGCGCUGCGCGCGUUCGAGUUCCGCGUGGGCGCGGCCGACCGCGGCUCGCCGGCGCUCAGCAGCCAGGCGCUGGUGCGCGUGCUGGUGGUGGACGACAACGACAACUCGCCCUUCGUGCUGUACCCGCCGCAGAACGGCUCGGCGCCCUGCACCGAGCUGGUGCCCAGGGCGGCCGAGGCGGGCUACCUGGUGACCAAGGUGGUGGCGGUGGACGGCGACUCGGGCCAGAACGCCUGGCUGUCGUACCAGCUGCUCAGGGCCACGGAGCCCGGGCUGUUCGGCGUGUGGGCGCACAACGGCGAGGUGCGCACGGCCAGGCCGCUGAGCGAGCGCGACGCCGUCCAGCACAGGCUGCUGGUGCUGGUCAAGGACAACGGCGAGCCGCCGCUGUCGGCCAGCGUCACGCUGCACGUGCUGCUGGUGGACGGCUUCUCGCAGCCCUACCUGCCGCUCCCGGACGCGGCGGCGGCCGAGGCCCGGGCCGACCCGCUCACCGUCUACCUGGUGGUGGCCUUGGCGUCGGUGUCGUCGCUCUUCCUGUUGUCGGUGCUGGGCUUCGUGGCGGUGCGGCUGGGCAGGAGGAGCCGGGCGGCGUCGGGGGGCGGCUGCUCGGUGCCCGAGGGCCCCUUUGCGGGCCACCUGGUGGACGUCAGCGGCGCGGGGACCCUGUCGCACAGCUACCAGUAUGACGUGUGUCUGACGGGAGUCCCUAGGACUGGUGAGUUCAAAUUCCUCCAGACGGUAUUUCCCAGCCUCUUGAUGGAGGACACUGAGAGAGAAAUUCAAGAAAACCCCAACUGCAGGAAUAGCGUUGUAUUCAGUUGAGUGUAUUUGGUCAAGUCAGCCUCUCCUUAAUUUUGGCAAACCUAACUCCCAUUGCAAUGCCUUUCUUUUAAGAAAUUUUGUUGUCUAAAUAUGUAUAUCUCUAUUCCAAAUCUAUGCAUGUCCCUGAUUGGGCUAAAUUUUCCUCCUUUUAUUAAUAUUCAUUGGACUUAGCAUUUUCAGUUACACUGGUUAUGGAGUAUGUAUAUUCUCUAUAUUUGACCUUCUCUUGGUGAUUAAUCUUUCCAUAACCAUAAAUUGCUCAAGUACUUUAAGAAAUUUUUAUUUAAAUCAACUCUUUACUGUCUUAAAGCUUUUGUGUAAUUGUGCAUUUCUAUAUAUUUGUGGUGUUUGUCUCUACCAUUAGCUUUAUCUUUAGAGUAUUUGAAAUUCUUUUAGCUACCUAGGCCUUUUUGACUAUCCUCCAGGCUAUGCCCCUGAAAAGCCAUGAGCGUAUAACUUAACCUACUUGUUUCUCUGAAAUUGUACAUAAACAUGCAUUUUGAUUAAAAUAUUAAGACACUAAAAUUGUGACUUCCUAUUGUGAACGCCAUACUUGCUAGAAUUUAAAAAAUGUAUUUGACUGCUACUUACCUAGCAUACUGUAUGUGUUCCAUAAAUAUGAAUAAUAAAUUUAAAAAAAUAUUCUCAUUUAUAAAUAAUAAUGAAAAUCUUCUAUAAUUUGGCACGCUCACUAACCAAAACUAAGUCACUGCUUAGUAAAAUCUUUUAAAACAAUUUCAGAACCUUAAAUAAACCUUAAAUCCUUUCGAAGGAUUCAAGAUAUGAAGGACAUCAUAUCUUCCUUGUCCUUCCUUUUGCCCUAUAAAUAGAAGUUCAAGUGUAAUUUAACGUGUAUGUUUCUUUUGGUUUUCUUGCAGCUUCUCCCCACCUUUCAAAAGAGUCAGAGAAUUUCUUCUGAGUUUCGGUUAUUCUAUUCAGGCCUAUUCAAGGUUAUUGGGUGAUAGGAGAUUUUUGCUUUAAAUUACUUUGCAGACAUGAACAUCCUUUAUCAACAAGAUGUUUAAUUUUUGAUGUCCAAGUUAUCUUCUGUUCAAUGUAGCUUUGAGGUAUUUUAUGUAAAUUUACUUUAUCAAUUAUGCUAAAUUUCAUUUAUAAGAAAUGAGCAUUAUUUUGUCAUUUUGGACAAUAGAAUAGAAAUAGGAAUUAAGAAAUCCAAAGUAUAAUUGUUUUAUGUUGUGUUCAAUAAGCAAAGUAAGCUGAUCAUGUCGUUUCCAACUAAAUUUAUAUCGAUAUAAGUGUAAAACCUCUUAAUUGAACUUUUGGCACAAUGUGAGCAAUUGAAGAGCUUGCUUUAUAAUCUAAAUAUUUAUUUUUAAAUCUCAAGGGUCAUCCUACUGGAAUUUAAUUAUUUGUACUUAUCCCUGAAUUACUUUUUUUUGUGCUAAGGAUAUAAUAAUGACAUAAAUAAGGAAAAUUACUGGUUAAGUUAUUCUUGAAACAUAACUUUCAGUCUUCGUCCAGUCUAAAAAUUGAAAUGAGAAAGUGAUAAAAAUGAGAACAAAAUUAAACACUUAAUAUAUACUAUAUAUAUACUUAAAUAAACCUUAAAUCCUUUCAAAGGAUUCAAGAUAUGAAGGACAUCAUAUCUUUCUUGUCCUUCCUUUUGCCCUAUAAAUAGAAGUUCAAGUGUAAUUUAAUGUAUAUGUUUCUUUUGGUUUUAUGUAUUUAUAGACAUAAAUAGUACAUAUAUAUAGAGACAAAAAUGGUAGACAACUUUAAUGAUUACUCCAUUUACUAGCUAUUUAAAUGAAUAGCUUUUAUAUAUGAUGAUGAGAAAUCUUAUUGAAGUUUUCACCAGUAUAUUUCAACAUUAUGAAAAUCCAAGUCCCCCUUUUUUUGUUUAUGUCAGAAAAGUCCAAUUUGUAUAAUUGCCCAAAUGAGACUGACCAAAUAAACACCCAAACCCACGUUUAUGAA